AUGAAAGUCUGGUCCUCCAGGUUGAAUGUAGCAUGGAAUGCUCUCUGCACUGGUGAACAAGAGCAAAGUCACUCAGCAGGUGCUGAUAUAGUUCAUGGUAGAUGGUAUUUAUUAUAGAAUUGCAUAAUUGAGUAAAAUCACGCAUUCUGAUUGGUUAACGAAGAGAGGUAUUCAGUGUGGAAUUGCGAGUUGAAAACGAGGCUAAGGGAUGUUUUUUCGCAUCUACGUAACAACUAUCGUCAAAUUGUAACACAACAACUGCAAAAAAGGUUUUCUACAAUGUCAUUUUAAAAUGUUUUCAAAAUCAUUGUCACCUUUUGUACAUCCUUUCUUAACAUACUGUAAUGUCGCCUGGUCCUCCACCUACUGUUCCAGCCUAAACUGUAUUUACCUUUUGCAAAAGCGUCUAGUGCGGCUCAUAACAGAAGCUCACUAUCUAGCAAAUACCGCCCCUUUGUUUAGCCGGCUUAAAGUCCUUGACAUAUUUAGUAUUAAUUUAUUUUCUGUCACUACUUUUAUGUAUUGUUAUCACCAUAAUCUUUUGCCUAGUAGCUUUCGUGACUUGUUCUUAAGUAGUAAUCUGAAGUCCAUCAAUACCAAAAUUCGACUGGCCUCUCAGUAUAGACCUCAUUUUUGUAGAUCAAAUAUAAAGCAAUUCAGCAUCCUUUACCGAGGACCUAAAAUCUGGAAUUCGUUGCCUGUUUCACUAAUUAGCUCUCCUUCUAUAUUUGUUGUUACAAAAAAUUUAAAGAAUUAUCUCACUGAUAGCCGAUCUGUCGCUUAAUUUUCUGAUCUUGCUCACUCUGCACUCAGCCAUGAAUUUAGUUCUCUAGGUAGUUGAAGGAAGCCUAUUAAUAUAAGCUUCAAGCUUCGUUAGACUUCCUCGUCACAUUAAUUUUAUAAUUUAAUUAACACCUUUUGUUUAUGUUGUAUAAGGUUUUGUGAGUGACUAAAUAAAUAAAUAGUUAAAAACAGACAAAAGCAUUUUUUAAAGUGAUCCGGAGGUUCUUCCUUGUUUUGAACUAAACUACAAAUUCUUGGAGAGGUAUAAAAAACCUCUUUCGCUAGCGACAAUGAGAAAACAAGAAAAUCCUGUGAACACAGCCCAGAAAAUAACAAGCCAAAUUCAAACAAACAAAACGGAGAAGCGACAAUGGAGGAAGUGCCAGGGUCAAUUGUCACAUAUACAGAAGAAGAAAUAAAUACCUUCAAAAGAUCACAUUGUCCCUGAAAACACGAAAAAGAUUACGCCACUUGCAUUCAUCCUGAGUCGUGGUACUUAGAAAAGUACAAAACAGAGCUGAACUUGAACAGCAUUUUUAAAACAUUUCAAGGUACUUACCUUAUAUCAAUCGCAACGUUAAACUUUCAGUGCUUUGCCUUGGACACUUCAUUUCUUUCAGUUUUGCUACCGCAGAGGUAAAAGGUGUAAAUUAUUUUCCUUCGCGAGCAAAUGACCAAUUUGAAAAAGGAUUAUAGAUAACCGGCUUGUAAAUUCAGUGAAAUACCUCUAUUUAUCCUUACAAUUAGUGUGAAGCUUGUUCAUGUGUAAAAAAGUUUGAAAACAAAUGUAAAAACAAGCACAAGGUACAAAAAAAGUGGUCAAAGCAGGUUCAAACGUGUAUGACUGACCUUGCUUCCUAUUCGCUAAUGCAAUGAUAGGUUUGACAUUUGACUUUGAAAUGGCUUUCUGGGGCGCGUGCUCAGGAUAAAAACAAACAAUAUUAUUGGUGUUUUCUUUUUUUUUCUGAGUUUUAUUUGAUUAUGCGAUUCAAGGAAAAUCCAUUACCUGACUCAUGAAUUCCACGUUAAAUUGAACUUGAAAACCGAUAUCGGUUUUCGUGUGCAAUUAAUAAUGUGGAAUUCCCUCCCUUGAUUUUUCAUUCAUCCAGUCCAGGAGAGUCGGUUCAUGCGUUGACAGUUCUGAUAGACAUGUGACAUGUGAAUAGCGGAACUCCCUUGUCUUUUCUGGUUUGUUCUAACUAGAUUCAAAGGGAUUUUGUGGGCGUUUUUAAUAAAAUAAUUAUUCCACUUGCGCUUGUUGGAUGAGAUGAUUAUAAUUGCCAACUCGGCGCUAUGCGUCUCGUUGGCUAUUUUCCAUCUCAUAUCCAAUGUGCCCUCGUGGAAUAAUUGUUAAUUAUAAAAUAACUAAGAUAGUACGUGCAUUCUGAUUGGUUAAAAACCAAUAGUUUAUUGUGCCGGUAAAAUCAUAGAAAACUGAAACAUGCUUUAAAGUUAUUUUAUAAAAGUAAAAGACCACAUUUUCUAAAGGUUUGCUGGUGUGAUAACCCACUUGGGAUGUUGGGAGAAGACUGGAAAAGCUUGUAAACCACCAGCUUAACUUCUCAGAUCUCUGGGCCUCAUGCCCCCAAACCCCCCCUUAGAUACGGUACUCUCGCUUUACCAGCACUUGGUGUCAGGCACCAGUUACUUUACAUUGGGAGCUGGCUACUCUAAAACUUCUGGAGAACACUGAACAAUAGAAAUAUAUAAGAACCAAUGAGCCUCAGGUGUCACAAUCUGCUUGCUUAUCUUCUUAGCCAUGGAAGAACAUGAAAGUCAGGUCCUCCAGGUUGAAUGUAGCAGAAAAUGCUCUCUGCUUGGUGAACAAGAGCAAAGUCAAUCAGCAGGUACUGAUAUAGUUCAUGGUAGAUGGUAUUUAUUAUAAAACUUAAUAAUAUACAUGGAAAAAUUUCUUGAAUGAGAUUGGCUUAGAGCAGUGCAGUUUUUAGUAAACACAGUAAAAAAAACAAGGAAACAUAAUGCAAAAAUAAGGAAAUAAAGUGCAAAUUUCUCAGAGAAUGAAAACCUGUGAACAAUCAGUGUUCUCCAGAAGCGCAGGCGACUGGUGGUUUCACUGGCUACUCUUAUGACUCAAAACAGUAAAAAAAACUGUCUGUACCUUUUAUCUUGAAUUUUUCAGAAGGUCCUAAAAGAAACAAAAACAAUAGCUUGUCGUACAAAAAGCUCUUUGGUGUAUGACAAUUUGCCUUUUGCUAAUGGUAUUAUCGAUAUAUUUACUGAAUGAUGUUUGAUGAGACAUUGCCAGAUAAUAUUUUUUAAUUAUAAAAUAACUAAGAUAGUACAUGCAUUCUGAUUGGUUAAAAACCAAUAGUUUAUUGUGCUGGUAAUCUCAUAGUAAACUGAAACAUGCUUUAAAGUUAUUUUAUAAAAGUAAAAGACCACAUUUUCUAUGGAUUUACCAGCAUGAUAACUCACUUGGUUCUUGGGAGAACUCUGGAAAAGCUUGUAAAUAACGAGCAAAACUUCUCAGAUCUGUGGGCUUAAUGCCCCCAAACCCCUCCCUUAGAUACAGUACUCUCGCUUUAUCAGUGCUUGGUGUCAGGCACCAGUUUCUUUGCUUUGGGAGCUGGCUACUCUAAAACUUCUGGAUAAUGUAUCGGUCAAAUUGAAGCUUCAACAUGCCCUCCCUGGGCAACCCCCCGGGCAUUUGACUUUUUUGAAAAUUAUUGUUCAAAUUCCCCCCUACCCGGGCCCAAAAUGCCGUUCAAAUGCCCCACACUAGGGUCCAUUCAGGUGAUCAAAUGCCCCCAUCCUGGGGACAUUUCACAGGCACAAAAAUGACAGAAGGACGGCGGAAACGCCUUCAGUUGUCGAACAAAAUCUUUAUAAAUAUAACAAAAACACUGUUAGCGUAUUUACUACGAACAAAAAACUCGUGCAAAGCGGCAGAAAUCGCUGCUACAAGGUCACUGAAUGCUCAGCUUUUCUUCAUCAUGCAACAUCCAAAGGGUUCUAUAAAAAAAGAUCCCACCUAUUGAGAUUACUACAUCAUGACCAUUUCACUGACAUGCAUCAUCGCUCACCGUAUAAAUUAACAAACUUGCAGUAGGUCAAAGUAGUUGACCUGAGCUUUUUAUUUUAUUUUAUUCUAUUUUAUGUUGUAGUAUUGAAUCGCUGGCAUAGGUAUUGUAUUUCAUUGUAAACACAACAAUAACAUACAUUCAUACAUUCAAAGCCUGAAUCCAGUAUUAAAAAUUUUAAAAUUUAAAUACUUCAAAAACGGCACAAAGCUUGUUUAAGCCCUUUCCUUGUAACCAAUUGGCCACAAAGGCACAAUCUUUUCCUCGAAAAUCCUCUAACACCGCGUCCCCCAUGAUAGCUCGUGACGCCAAAGAUUUUACAUGAAAUCGAGGGUGCAGUUCAAAUUCCCCACCCCUAAAGCCUGGGGAUCAAAUUCCCCACCCCCUGGAAGACUCUGAUAAUCAAAUUCCCUCCUCCCCAGGACGGCAAAGGUGUCAAAUGCCCGGGGCAUGUUGAAGCUUCGAUUUGACCGAUACAUAACACUGAAAAAUAGAAAUAUAUAAGAACCAAUUAGCCUCAGGUAUCACAAUCUGCUUGCCCAACUUAUUAAGAUUAUAUCUUUAAUCUUCUUAGCCAUAGAAGAACAUGAAAGUGAAAAAGUCCUCCAACUUGAAUGUAGCAUGGAAAGCUCUCUGCCAGGUGAACAAGAGCAAAGUCAUUCAGCAGGUACUGAUAUACCGGUAGUUGUUUAUGGUAGAUGGUAUUUUAUUAUGAAAGUUAAUAAUAUACAUGAAAAAAUUUCUCUGUGAAUUUGAUUGGCGUAGAGCAGUGUACUUUUUAGUAAACACAAUGCAAAAACAAGGAAACAUAAUGCAAAAAGAAAGAAAUAUAAUGCAAAUUUAUCAGAGAAUGAAAAACUGUGAUUGGGCCAAUAAACAAUAGAAAUUUAUCAGAACUAAUUAAGUGCCACAAUUUGCUGGUGGGAAGCAUGUAUACUUUUAAAACUUCCCCCUUUUUGGUGUAAUUAAUUAUGCUCUGUUGUCUUACCUAAGUAAUCUUUCCUUUUUCUUGUAACACUUUUUUUCUCAAUAUUUUAUUUUAUGAAUUUACCUGAUUAUUUUUAUUUAUUUAUUCAUUGUGGGUUGUUUUUGUUUUCAUUUUUGUAACCAAGAUUUUCAAAUUAAUAAAGGUGUGGGUGGGCGUGUGUGUGUAACAAAUAAGAAUGUUAAAACUUUCAUAUAUAUAUUUUUUACAUGGACUCAAAAGAGCAGCUAUAUAAUCAGUGAUUUUGUUACCUCUGCAUUCUAUCUAUGUUCCUGAAACAUAAAAAUCGCCAAAGACAUAAAAUAAUUCAUGGAUAUAUCGAUCUGAACGUGUGUAUUUGUAGAAAUAUCCUGUACGUGUAAUUUCUGUGGCAGUUAUGGUUGUUGUUUAGUGAUGCAUAUUUGUUUUAGCCUUUUUUGACUUCUGCUUUAAAAUAGAAGAACUAUAUUUUAAUUUCAGUAUACUAUAAUACAGAGUUUUGGAGUGUGUCUUCAGAUUAAGUGUCUGUGGCUGGUACAUAAAGGCCCAAACAUUUUCCAUUUUGGACUCAUUUUUUUUAACUGGGACUCAUUGGUUCUGGACUGGGACUCAUGAUUUCUCACAAGAUGAGUCCCAGAAUUCAUCAUAUUUAUUUGUAACAAAAACACUGUAUAAUUCAUUGAUUAGACCUUUUGUCAUGUAAUUCAAGUGUUGUUGUUGUGGUAAACAUGACAAGUCAUCAUGUCUGUACUUAAUUCUCCAUGACUGGAUUGUAGGAUUUUUGUUCUGUUUGUAUUUGAUCGUGCAUUAUUAUUAUGGGAAAACUUACCUUAGGGUUGCAUUACUUUGACUAGGACAAAGUUAAAAUACAUUGAAUUCUCAUAGAGAUAAUUAUUUUUUGGAUUAUAAUAAUGAGUUCAUUGGUUGGGUCACUCCCAUUAUAUUUGAUGACUGGUUUAUGAAAUAUCAGCACUUAGAAAAUGAUUGUCAAGGUUGUUGUAUUAUCCGAAGUUUCAAAAGUAGAAAUAUUGUGUAUUUUCUAUUUGAAAUCAGGUUUUGAGAACACUUCCACAGAUACAGCUUUAUAAUAGUAAUUCUUGUACAGUUAUACAAGCAUGCAGUACUAGGGUGCGAAGAAAAGGAGGUCAGUUUUGUGUUUGUCCUUCGGGAAGGCUGUAGCUUGCAUCUGUUAGCCCAAGAAUCACAACUCUAUUAUCCCUCAGGCAAGAUAAAAAAUAGAAUCCACUAGCCCCAUAGCUUAUAUGAAUUGUGUAGUUGGUUAAUACAAAUAAUUCAUUUACAAGGAGAAGAGUUGGAACAACACACUCCUGCAGUAGAAAAUGGCCCAAUUGAGGGAGCAAGCAAUGUGCAGGAAACACAGCAACCUCUUCCAGAAGUAAAUAAUAGUAGCCACUUAGAAGAUGACCGCCUAAUUGCUAGAGUAAGGGCAGUUGGUGUGGACUAUGAGUUUCCAAAGCCUGGAGAAGUGGAAACGGAGGAUGACAGAACAAAAGAUUUUAUUUACUUGAAUCCAGUCCAUUCCUUUUUCUCUUCAACAACAAUGAUAUAUUAA